AUGUCGUCAGCCCUGAACGCGAUUAAGAUCCGUCGCAAGAAGAAUGUCAAGAAGGGUAUUCAAUUCUGUCUGAUGGUGUGUGGCGCCAGUGGCACAGGCCGCACCACUUUUGUCAACACUCUCUGUGGCAAGCAGGUUUUGGAGGGCAAGGAUGCCGAUGAUGCCGCCAAUGCCCACCUCGAGGAGGGCGUCCGCAUCAAGCCCGUCACUGUCGAGCUUGAGUUGGACGAGGAAGGAACUCGCAUUUCUUUGACUAUCGUUGAUACCCCCGGAUUCGGUGACCAGAUCGACAACGAGGCCAGGCACGUCCACCACCCCGGUACUCGACAGAUCUUCGGUGAAAUUGUCGGCUACCUCGAGCGCCAAUACGAUGAUAUUCUCGCAGAGGAGUCACGAAUUAAGCGUAACCCCCGGUUCAGAGAUAACCGUGUCCACGUGCUGCUCUACUUCAUUACACCCACCGGCCACGGUCUCCGUGAACUUGAUAUCGAAUUGAUGCGCCGCCUCUCUCCCCGUGUCAACGUUAUUCCCGUCAUCGGAAAGGCCGACUCUCUCACCCCCGCCGAAUUGGCCGAGUCUAAGAAGCUGAUCAUGGAGGACAUCGAACACUACCGUAUCCCCGUCUACAACUUCCCCUACGACAUUGAGGAGGACGAUGAAGAUACCGUUGAGGAGAACGCCGAGCUCCGUGGACUGAUGCCUUUCGCUAUCGUCGGUUCCGAAGACUUCGUUCAGAUCGACAACCGGAAAGUGCGUGCGCGCCAAUACCCAUGGGGUGUUGUCGAGGUUGAGAACCCUCGUCAUUCGGAUUUCUUGGCUAUCCGCAGCGCUCUUCUCCACAGCCACUUGGCUGAUUUGAAGGAGAUCACUCACGAUUUCCUCUACGAGAACUACCGUACCGAGAAGCUCAGCAAGAGCGUCGAUGGUGGCUCUGGUGGCCAAGAUUCUGCUAUGAACCCUGAGGACCUUGCAUCUCAGUCCGUCCGACUCAAGGAGGAGCAGCUCCGCCGCGAGGAGGAGAAGCUUCGCGAGAUCGAGAUCAAGGUACAGCGCGAGAUUGCCGAGAAGCGACAGGAGCUGUUGGCUCGCGAGAGCCAGCUCCGAGAGAUCGAGGCUCGCAUGGCACGCGAGCAGCAGAGCCAGGGCAAUCUGAGCAGCGAAGUAGCCAACGGAGAGGCCUAG